AUGAGUAAGAGCAAAUGCUCUGUGGGACUCAUGUCUUCCGUGGUGGCCCCGGCUAAGGAGCCCAACGCCAUGGGCCCGAAGGAAGUGGAGCUCAUCCUCGUCAAGGAGCAGAACGGGGUGCAGCUCACCAGCUCCACCCUCACCAACCAGCAGAGCCCCGUGGAGGCCCAGGAUCGGGAGACCUGGGGCAAGAAGAUUGACUUUCUCCUCUCCGUCAUUGGCUUCGCGGUGGACCUGGCCAACGUCUGGCGGUUCCCCUACCUGUGCUACAAAAACGGCGGGGGUGCCUUCUUGGUCCCCUACCUGCUCUUCAUGGUCAUCGCUGGGAUGCCACUUUUCUACAUGGAGCUGGCCCUUGGCCAGUUCAACAGGGAAGGGGCUGCUGGUGUCUGGAAGAUCUGCCCCGUACUGAAAGGCGUGGGCUUCACGGUCAUCCUCAUCUCGCUGUACGUCGGCUUCUUUUACAACGUCAUCAUCGCCUGGGCGCUGCACUAUCUCUUCUCGUCCUUCACCACGGAGCUCCCGUGGACCCACUGCAACAACUCCUGGAACAGCCCCAACUGCUCAGACGCCCACCCUGGCGACUCCAGUGGCGACAGCUCGGGCCUCAACGACACCUUUGGGACCACGCCUGCAGCCGAGUACUUCGAGCGUGGUGUGCUGCACCUCCACCAGAGCCAUGGCAUCGACGACCUGGGGCCUCCACGGUGGCAGCUCACAGCCUGCCUGGUGCUGGUCAUCGUGCUGCUCUACUUCAGCCUCUGGAAGGGCGUGAAGACCUCGGGGAAGGUGGUAUGGAUCACAGCCACCAUGCCUUACGUGGUUCUCACUGCCCUGCUGCUGCGUGGGGUCACCCUCCCCGGAGCCAUAGACGGCAUCAGAGCGUACCUGAGCGUUGAUUUCUAUCGGCUUUGCGAGGCGUCUGUUUGGAUCGAUGCCGCCACUCAGGUGUGCUUCUCCCUGGGCGUGGGGUUCGGGGUGCUGAUCGCCUUCUCCAGCUACAACAAGUUCACCAACGACUGCUACAGGGAUGCGAUUGUCACCACCUCCAUCAACUCCCUGACGAGCUUCUCCUCCGGCUUCGUGGUCUUCUCCUUCCUGGGGUACAUGGCACAGAAGCACAGCGUGCCCAUCGCGGACGUGGCCAAGGACGGGCCGGGGCUGAUCUUCAUCAUCUACCCAGAGGCCAUCGCCACACUCCCGCUGUCCUCGGCCUGGGCCGUGGUCUUCUUCAUCAUGCUGCUCACCCUGGGCAUCGACAGUGCCAUGGGCGGCAUGGAGUCGGUGAUCACCGGGCUCAUUGACGAAUUCCAGCUGCUGCACAGACACCGUGAGCUCUUCACGCUCUUCAUUGUACUGGCGACCUUCCUCCUCUCCCUGUUCUGCGUCACCAACGGCGGCAUCUAUGUCUUCACGCUGCUGGACCAUUUCGCGGCCGGCACGUCCAUCCUCUUUGGAGUGCUCAUCGAAGCCAUUGGGGUGGCCUGGUUCUAUGGUGUCGGGCAGUUCAGCGAUGACAUCCAGCAGAUGACCGGGCAGCGGCCCAGCCUGUACUGGCGGCUGUGCUGGAAGCUGGUCAGCCCCUGCUUCCUUCUGUUCGUGGUCGUGGUCAGCAUUGUGACCUUCAGGCCCCCCCACUACGGAGCCUACAUCUUCCCCGACUGGGCCAAUGCACUGGGCUGGGUCAUUGCCACAUCGUCCAUGGCCAUGGUGCCCAUCUACGCAGCCUACAAGUUCUGCAGCCUGCCCGGGUCCUUUCGAGAGAAACUGGCCUACGCCAUUGCACCUGAGAAGGACCGUGAGCUGCUGGACAGAGGGGAGGUGCGCCAGUUCACGCUCCGUCACUGGCUCAAGGUGUAG